GCUCACUGCCUCUGCAUCUCAGUAUUGCUACAUACCCUCGUCUCGCCGCCCCUCCGCGGUUCAGCUCGCGGGCCACAGAGACGGACCUGGACACCAACACACCAACACCGAGUGAGCUGUGAGCCUCAAAGCCCCUCGAGCCCUCGAGAGUGUGAGGCACGACUAGCAUAGCAGCACUCUAGCAGACGCAUCGGUCGAUCCAAGAAAGCUUAGCAUCGAGCAGCGGCAGCCAUGACGCUGGACACCCCGGCCGCCGUGGUGCUGGAGCUGAUGACCAUGGGGCAGCAGUCCGCGGCGCACCUCAGGGACCUGCUCCGGGCCUCGUCCCCCGCGGCGUCGUCGCCGCACCAGGAGCUCGCCGCCGAGAUCCUCCGCUGCUGCGGCCGCGUCAUCGACGCGCUCAGGGCCACCACCAACGGGCGCAAGAGGAAGGCGGCGGCGGCCGAGUACCACCAGGACGCAGCAGCAACGGGAGGCGCCACCUGGUCUCCUCCUCCUCCUCCUCCGGGUCCGCCACUCAAGAGAAGGGCGCGCGGCGCGGAGGCGACCAGGGAGGUGACCAGCGGCACGACGGUGGACGGCUUCAUCUGGAGGAAGUACGGGCAGAAGGACAUCAACGGACACAAGCACCCGAGGCAAGUAGUUUCACAAGGCUCAGGCGCUCAUCACCAGCUCAACUCCGUUCCGUUCCCUGGUGGCGAUCGACUGACCGACCGACGCGUGCUGAUCUUAUUCCCCGUGGGCCUUCUGCAGGCUCUACUACCGCUGCGCGCACAAGGACCAGGGAUGCAACGCGACCCGGCGGGUGCAGCAGACGCAGGACCAGCCGGCGGCGUACGAGAUCGCCUACUACGGGGACCACACGUGCAAGGGCGCGGCCACCGCGUGGCAGCAGCUGGGAGCGGCGCCCGCCGUCGUCGACUUCGGCUCCAACUCCUGGGGGUCCGCGGAUGCCAACAACAACGGAGGCUCGCCGGCGGCCUCCAUGUCGCAGGGAGGGUGGUCGCCGUCGGCGUCGUCCGAGGUCGGGUUCGACUUCGAGGCGCUGCACGAGUGGCACGACACGGCUGCUCCUGAUCCGGUGAUGGAGUUCCUGGACGGCUGCUUCGGAUGGGAAUCCGUCCUCCAAGACAGCUCCGACUUCGGCGGGCUCCUCCUCCAUGACAUCGCUACGUUUCAGUAGUAGAUUAUUUUUAGAAUAGCAGCAGCAGACCAGCGGUAGAUCUGGACUGGACAUGUGUUGUCGCCGUCGCUGUAGUACGUGUACUCCGUACGUGAGAACAGUCAGUCCGACCGAGCAGUAAUGAGUGACAACCUACGAGGGUCACAGGCUCGCUCAUCAGAUGGUUGCCGUAGAGCACACUAGUAACAGUAUCUUGUUUCAGGCAGAGGGUUCAGAUUUUUUUAAAAAAAAAAGAUAUUACGUUCUCAAAAAGAGAAAUGAUAUUGUUCGCCCGUUCAACGCUA